AUGGGAUCAUUCUUGUUGCCUAAGAAUCCCAAUUUCAGGCUUUUCUCAUUGCUCUUCUGGGCUCUGGGCUUUUUGGAGUCCCACAAUUCUCCAGAGGAGCGCUUCCUCAUUGACUGGACGGAUGAACGGAUCCUUUUCCACCCAAGUCACAGGCCGGCUGUGGCCAACCUUUGGAACCAUUUCUUCGAGCAACCGGGUGGAGAUCUCCCGGGGGAAACGAUUCUCCAGAGCCAGGUCAAAGGAGACUUGGAGAUUGUGGUGCGCUUUGGACCACCAUGGUUUCGGAAGUUCGGCGACUUCCGGGGAGCUGACGAGGGAAAGGGAGACUUUAAGGAGAUCAAAGGUGGACGCUUGGAUCACGCCGCUGCGCAACGGGGCCGCGAGGUGCUGAGGCGCUGGGUGCGUGUGCGUUCGCAGAUCCGGCAUCGCGCAGAGGAAUGGGCGGAACAGCAUUGGAAGGGCUCACGACCCCGCUGCCUAGCGGUGCACAUCCGCCGGACUGACAAGUUGGAACAGUGUAGGCAGGGCUCCUGGGUCUUCCUCCCGGCGUUUGGCUUAGCUCAAUUGGCAAGGCAUUCGGAGGAUCUGCCCUAUUGGCCCCAGCAGGAGAUGGGAUGUGAACUGGAACUGAGCCGAGACGUUGCGACGGAUCAGCGACUACAAAAGCUUUUGGAGAACAGGCCCUACUUGGAAUCCUCCAACCACUACCUGAACGCUUUCGUCCUGCGCUGCCGCGACGCCAUGGCCAGCGAUCCCAAUGGCGACACCGCGCACGACGCCUUGGAUCAUUUGGCCUUGGAAUUGGCCAGUGAAGAAAGAAUGGCCUAUGGCGCCUUCGCACGAUUUGACAAAAACCGAAACCACUAUUUGCAGGGCAUUGAGAUCGAGUACAUGCUGGACUACUUGGGCUUUCCUCACCAGCAGGAAGACGUGACUCGCUUUGUGUCAGCCGUCGACAAGUUGGAAACGGAUGGAAAGAUUUCGCCCGAGGAGUUCUUGAAGGUCGUUGGUGAUUUGGGUGGCUGUUGUAAGCUCUUCGACAUGCGGCGGCAGCAGAUCAAAGCGCGGGGGACGGAGUUAGAGGUCACUGACGAUAUGAAAGAAAGUGACUUGCGAUGCCAACUACUUUCCUGUGGAAUGCUGGAUGACGAGCAAGCGACCUGGAAGCCGGUGGUCAGUCCUGCAGAUCUGAAGGCUGCUGCUAACCUGGAACCAUGCCAGAUGGAUGCGCUGAGACAUGUGAGGAAUUUGGCUCGGAUCAACCACAACAAGGCGUUGCCAGAGCUCACCCAAAGGUUUGAAGGGAUGGGAUACACCGUGGCAGAUAUGUGGAUGACGUUGGCGUGGAUUCGCGAGCUGGCUCCGGUGAUCAUUCACAUCAAUCUGCCCGUGAUUGGAGAGUUCCUAUCGCAGGAUAGCCACUAUCGGAACCAGUUUGAGACCAAGUCUUCUCAAGGACUUCUGGAUCACUCCGUGCGAGAUUCCUGGGAAGGCUCUCUUUUUGGUCGAGCCUAUCAGGAUGCUGACCACUUUCAUCGGCCCAAAUAUGGCGUGCUGAAUGUUUGGAACGACCCGUAUGGCAUCUAUGGAUGCGAACAGUAUGGAGAUUCCUACUUGGUGCUGAAAGACGUGAGGCUCCGGUGCACCUUGGCUCCGCAGGACUCGGGAGGUCUACCGGCACAAAGGUUGGCAGUCUUGGAUUACUACGCUCAUACCCUGCUGGAGUACAGUCGAGAGGAGUUGGAAGAAACCGUCAAGUUGGCACGCCAUGGCCGUGAAAAACUGGGCGAUUCCCAACGCCUUUGUCACGACUGGGGCACCAAGCCUUAA